AUGUCGGCAAGGAGAAGUUUCACGUUGGAACAGCCGGACUCGAGGCCAACCAAACAUCCAAGGCCGGAAUUCGCAUUGAGCGGUGGAACUACAUUAGAAAGAGUACUUGUUAAGAAGCAGCUGUCGCCUUUGGGCUGCUAUCUAGAGUCAAGCAUUCAAAUCCCUUCAGGCACAUGGAUUCUUCGAGAAGUGGGAAAGGUUACAGAUUCACCCAACAUGCAUACAGUUCAGCUGAGUGAGUCGAAGCAUCUUGAUUGCUCCGGGAACAUCCGAUUUACCAGUCACUCGUGCGACCCAAAUUGCAGGAUUCUGAUAGAUAGCCAUAAUUCGGAGAUCAUCCUGAUUGCCAUCAAGGACAUAGAGCCAUCUGAAUGCUUGUCUUUCGACUACGAGACUACGGAAUGGGUAAUCUCUUUCGGUUCGAUGGCUGAGUUUUGA